AUGUAUACAUACACAUCUCAAACAACAACAACUACUACAACAAUGGCCCAUCUCUCCCCAUCGGCAUCUGCAAUCUUCUCUCCUUCCGUCGCACGCCAACAACUCGCAGCCGCCAAAGACUGGAACUAUAUCGACAGCUGGCUGUCCACCAAGUUCAACGGCAAAACCCCACCUGUGUUCGAGCGAAACAACGAUACAUUGAAAGCCCUGCUUGCCCUCGCUGCUCUGAACGAAACCGCCGACGAAGAACGCGAGCUCCUAGCAAGAGUUGAGGCUAAAGCCUUGCAGGAUUUACAGGCACAAGAAGAUGCGAAUCCUAAUAAAUACCUCCUGGACUCGAUCGAAGAAUUUCUGACGCGAGAAGGGCAGACAAGCCUCGAAGCAUUAUCCUCUCUGAGCGUGUCUCUCAACCAACCCGUUUUUGACUUGCAGAAGCUGGGGCGAGGUAUUAUCGAUCUCCACGUUACGGUCAAUGAUCUCGACCAAGUUGCGGACCGCGUUUCGAUUUUCGAGAAGCAUCUAAAGCGAGAGCUGGAAGAGAUCAAUAUCUUGAUCACGGACCUUCAGAGCGACGCAUACCAGCCGCCAUCUGACUUGGCUAAAAGAACCAGCGACUAUCAGCGCAGGAUCAAGGGCCUAGCUGCAAAAUUGCCGGAUCUGAAGGAGAGAGUUGCGUCUCUGUCCGCUAAUGUUGGGACGCCCAUCACUAUACAAGAUGUAAAGAACGAGGAGGAUAAAUUUAAGGCUUUGAUGGUUACGGUGAAGGAUCUUGAGGCGCAGGUCAAAAGCUAUCAUGGGUUGCCGCAAGACACGGAUCUAGCAAGGCUUGAAUUGGAAGGUUUAAGAGUGGAAUUACGAGAAAUGACGAGGAAAAGGGACAGCAUGUUUGAGGGACUGGUAGAAAGAGAGAGUCCAAUAAAGCCAAGGUGA